CAAUAUGUGGUGAUAAAAGAGAUAGAUAACCUGAGGCAUAAAACAAUGCCACCUGGCAGAUAGGGUUGCAUGCAGUUCAUAUAGCAGCUUGUUCCAACCACACUAUUUCCACAAGCUCCUUAUUUCAUUCAUUCAUUCAUUCUCUAUCUUUUUAUCAUCAACACAAACACAAAACAGUGUUUGUUCCUUUGAAACCAUAAUAGUAAUGGCAACCACACCAGCUUUGUAUGGAACUGCUGUCAGCACUUCCUUCCUCAGGACUCAGCCAAUGCCAAUGUCAGUCACCACCACAAAAGCAUUUUCCAAUGGCUUUCUCGGUUUGAAAACCAGUCUCAAACGUGGAGAUCUUGCAGUUGCUAUGGCUUCUUACAAAGUGAAACUAGUUACACCAGAUGGAACUCAAGAGUUUGAAUGUCCAAGUGAUGUUUACAUUCUUGACCAUGCUGAAGAAGUUGGAAUUGAUCUUCCUUACUCAUGCAGAGCUGGCUCUUGUUCUUCAUGUGCUGGUAAAGUUGUUGGCGGUGAAGUUGAUCAAUCUGAUGGUUCUUUCCUUGAUGAUGAACAGAUUGAAGCUGGUUUUGUUCUUACUUGUGUUGCUUAUCCUACCUCUGAUGUUGUUAUUGAGACUCACAAGGAAGAAGAUCUCACUGCUUAAUUUUUCAUUUCUGUUACUGCUAUGCUAUGAUAUGAUAUCAUGUUAUGUUUGUUUCUACAAUGAGUAGUAACUCUAUUAAUUCCUUCACCUGUUUGUAGUAACAUGUGAAGUUAAUAAUGUUAUGUUAUGUUGUUUUUUUGCUCACAAUUCUUAAAUUUCCUAUCUUUUCUUCGGUUGACUAUUAUAUAAAAUUUGAUAUUAUUCAUCAA